AUGAGCUAUAACACUCGUUUCUCAUCCUCUAAUGCAGCAUCCUCCAGAGGAUUUAGCUCAUCCUCUAUGGGAGGAGGUGGCGGCAGGACCAUCAGCUCAUCCUCUCAAUUUGGUGGUGGAGGUCUUCGCUCUGCACCAAGUGCAGGAUUUGGCAGUAGAAGCCUCCUGAACGUGGGUGGCGGCAGAAAAGUUUCCUCCAUUAGUAGUUCUCGGGAUUCUGGUUUUGGUGGUGGUUAUGGUGGUGGUAGUGGUUUUGGUGGUGGUAGUGGUUUCGGUGGUGGCUAUGGAGGUGGUUCUGGGCCUGCCCCUCCAUCUAUUGUAAACGUCACUGUUAACAGACAACUCCUGACUCCACUCUCCUUUGAAAUUGAUCCAAAUGUUUCUGUAGUCAAGAAGGAAGAAAGGGAACAGAUUAAGACCCUAAACAACAAGUUUGCCUCUUUCAUAGACAAGGUUAGAUUUCUCGAGCAGCAAAAUAAAGUGCUUGAGACGAAAUGGAGCCUGCUGCAACAACAGGGUGGUGGACAGUCUGGUCAAAGAAGUAACAUUGAACCUCUUUUCCAAGCCUAUAUCAACAAUCUGAAGAAGCAACUAGAUGCUCUUGGAAGUGAUAAAGGUCGCUUGGAGUCAGAGCUUCGUAAUGAGCAAGAUCGUGUUGAGGAAUUUAAGCGCAGGUACGAGGAGGAAAUCAACCUGCGCACUUCAGCAGAGAAUGAUUUUGUAGUCCUCAAGAAGGAUGUUGAUGCAGCUUACCUAAAUAAGGUGGAGCUUGAUGCCAAAGUGAAUGCACUCAAUGAUGAAAUUGCCUUCUUAAGAACUCUGUACGAUCAGGAGCUCAAUGAGCUUAGACAACAGGUGUCUGACACCUCUGUCAUCCUCUCUAUGGACAACAACAGAUCUCUCAACUUAGAUGACAUUAUUGCUGAAGUCAAGGGUCAGUAUGAGGAACUUGCCAACAAGAGUAGAGCUGAAGCAGAGGAUACUUACAAGAACAAGUUCCAGCAGCUGCAGAGUGUAGCAGGGCAACAAGGAGAUGAGCUGAAAAACCAGAAGAAUGAGAUUUCCCAACUUAAUAGAGCUAUCCAGAAACUUAAAGCUGAAAUUGAGAAUGUAAAGAAACAGAUUGCAGCUCUUCAAAUAGCCAUUGCUGAAGCUGAACAAAGAGGAGAAAAUGCUCUAAAUGACGCUCGUGGCAAAUUGGCAGAACUAGAGGCUGCUCUGCAGAGGCUGAAACAAGAGAUGAAUAGCCAAUUGAGAGAAUAUCAGGAACUGAUGAAUGUGAAGCUGGCCUUGGAUGUUGAGAUUGCUACCUACAGGAAACUGCUAGAAGGAGAAGAAAGCAGAAUUUCAGGAGAAGUUAGCAACACAGUGAAUGAGGAAGGGGAUAGUUUGAAGAGGGUAGAGGAGACGUGCAAAGCUGACCAUUCUGAUCAGGUGACAUCUUCCUAA